GCAAGAUGACACAUGAUAACAUUUUGUCCCAUCCCUGUGGCCAUUCAAAUCUGGAUCAUACUGUUCAUCCUCCCAUCAACUUCCCUGCUAUAAAGUAUGCACAACCCACAGUGCAAACAUCACAUACUCCAGUGAAGAUGAAGACAGUUCUGCAACAGCUGCUCUGUGUGGCUUCCUUUGUCAUAGUCAAUGGUGGCCAUAUGCGGCAAGUAAUAGGCGUGAAGGAUGCAAGAGGUCAGUGUCUUUGCAGCGUAGAAGUCAAUGAUAUUAUAUUCCCUGUGCAAAAAGUGGAAGCAUUGGAGACCAACUUUUACAACUUGACUGGAUUGCUACAGAAUCAUUUGAACCAGAUUUAUAAAGACAAAUCAUCCAUGGCUACCACAGCAGCAAACCUCACUGAGCUGGAGAAGCGUGUGAAAUAUGCAAAGACCUUUGGCACCCACAUUGACCUGGAUUUCAAGAAGCUUAUCAAUGACAUUCAGACAGUGGUGUCUAUAGCCAGUUCUAUGCAGAAGAAUGCAACCACACCCGCCACUAAUAUAACAAUUAGCAGCUUGAUGACAAAGGUCAACAAUAUCAGCACAUUGAUAACUACAAUGGAACAAUUUGACAGAAACAACAUAAUAACAGCACAACGUGAGAUUAUUGCUCUCCGGAAAAAGCUGCAGGAAUGCGAGGAAGAAAUUGUCCUUGCCUCUGGCAUUAAAACUGCCAAAGAGCCACCAUCACCACCAACUGGUAAAUGUGACCAUCAAGAGAUACAGAAGGUCAGUGAACCAGUUCUAGAGAAGCUCAACUGGAAAGGUUCAAGUUUUAAAGCUGGAUCCUGGGGGAAAGAUUUUGCCUUGGGGACCAAAUUCUCAGACUACUAUUGGGUUUUCCCAGCCAACCAAGAUGGGCGCACAAUGCAGAACUAUCGCCUAUACGCUUCACACAAAAAAUUGUUACUUUACUCCCCCAUCCGGGAAUUUAGCCUGAAGGUUAAGAAUAAUGAUAAGUGUGAAUAUUGUGGACAAGGAGCUGGGGUGGUCUUCUACAAUGGCUCAUUUUUUUACAACUGUUUUGAUAGUCGGGCCCUAUGCAGGGCAGAUCCGUUUAACAUGCGAUUAUCUCAUCAGGAGUUGAAGGACAAGGAUCCUGCUUCUUUCAAUGACUGGUUUUCCUAUAAGGGUGUAAAAUAUCAGGACAUGGACUUGGCAGGAGAUGAAAAGGGCCUCUGGCUUAUUCAUGGCUCCACAGCAGCGAAUGGCAAUGCAGUCAUCAAGAAAGUAGACCCUGUCACCUUGACUGUAGGGCCAUCUUGGAAUACUACACAGCAAAAGAUCACCAUGACCAAUACCUUCAUGAUCUGCGGGGUCCUGUAUGCCACCAGGAAAAAGAACACAACUCAUGAGGAAAUAUAUUACAUGUACGACACCAACACAUCUAAGGAACGCAACAUACAAAUAUUUAUGGAGAAACCUCUUCCUAACGUGCAGAGUUUAAAUUACAAUCCCAAUGACCAGAAACUCUACAUGUUCAAUGAUGGCUAUCUGGUUUGGUACAAUCUCACAUUCACAGCUCACAGAGCGGACAGGCUAGGAAGGCCUCCUGCUGUUGAGCAAGGCCAGGAAUCAAACACGCAAAUAGGAGGACCAAGCAUGGUGCAUGAGGGAGAGACAGCUUUGGUUAGCAUGGGACAGCCCAGUUCAAAUAGUAACCAGCAGCAAGACUCAGCAAGCCAAAGAGAAAGCAGUGCCAAUCAGGAGGAAAAAUCUAUGCCUGUGACCCCAGUAAGGCAAGACACUGCGAGGGAAGAAGGCCAGAGUGCUGUUAGCGAGGGAGAGUUUCAUAAGGGAAGGCAGGUGCAGUGA